AUGCGUGUCACUAAAGGUCUUAUAUUGGCUGCUACUCCUUUGGUGCUAGCUGCUCCUACUCCCUCCUUAUUCGGUGAUAUCCUCGCUUUAGAAGCUGGUAUCGCCAAAAUUAUUACUACUGUCGUAAGCACAGUCAAAUCGGAUAUCGAAGUUGCUGUUUCCAAGCUCGACGCUACUCUUCAAACCAAUGCCGCAAAGCACGGUUCUGUCUGGAACUAUGGCAGUAUCUCUUGUCCUGAGGUUGCAUUGUCUAUCCAGCGAUAUCUCCAUGACAUCUCUUGGACCAAAAAGUCGACCAACUACGUCGAUUGGACCACUUACAAGGCCAAUGGUGUUAACUUUGGUGCUUGGUUAGAACAAGAACAAAACUACGAUCCUGACUGGUGGAAUGCUUAUGCACCUGAUGCUAUUGAUGAAUGGGGGUUCUGUGAGACUUUAGGUGAUAAGUGUGGCCCAGUUCUCGAGGCUCGUUAUGCUUCAUGGAUUACCACCGCCGACAUCGACAAGCUCGCUGCUCAAAAUAUCAAUACGCUCCGCAUUCCUACUACAUACGCAGCUUGGAUCAAAUUCCCUGGUUCCAAAUUGUACCAUGGUAAGCAACAAACCUAUCUCCGAAAUAUUGCCCUCUAUGCUAUCCAGAAGUAUGGAAUGCACGUCAUUAUUGGUCUCCACUCUCUUCCUGGAGGAGUUAACUCCUUAGGUAUCGGUGAAGCUUUCGGACAUAGCGGAUGGUACCAAAAUGCCACAAACUUGGAAUACUCCUUCCAGGCCAUUGAUGCUAUUUUGUCUUUCAUCCAAAGCUCUGGUCAACCACAAGGCUUCACCAUUGCACCAAUCAAUGAAGCUUCAGAUAAUUUUAGUGGCUUUGCCACGGCUUCAGGAUUGACUGCUAACGGUACUAACUGGAUUAACACGUACAUCAAUGGUGUCCUGACCCGUAUCGCUAAAGUCAACAAAAAAAUCCCCCUCAUGUUGCAAGACUGCUUCUUGGGAGAAGCUUUCUGGUCUCCAUUCUACGCUGCUGGAACAAAUCUCGUCAUAGAUUCCCACAUCUACUUCUUCGCCGCUGCCGGUAUAUAUUCACAAUAUGUUGCCCCAGCCAUCUGUGGACAAGCGCAAUACACCGCAGGCGAUGGCAAGUUCCCUGUUUUUAUCGGCGAAUGGUCUCUUCAGACUCUUUAUAAUAACACCCUUGCUGGACGUAAGGUUAUACACGAUACUCAAGUCUAUGCUUACCAGAAGCAUGUUUCCGGUAGCGCAUUUUGGAACGUCAAGAUGGUUAACAACACUGCUGCUGUUGAUGGAGAGGGUAUAACUUCUGACUACUGGUCAUGGGAGCUCUUAGUUGAUCAAGGUGUUAUUACACCCACAAUCAACGGGUCUUAUUGUUAA